AACAAUUUCUCAGAAUCAUUUAAUUCUAUGAGUUCUAAUAUGAGAGAUAAACCAAUAAUCCAACUAGGCAUGAUGUAUGGUCAGUUAGUAAUGGGUUUGUUAUUUAAGAGAAGGGAAGAAUCUGCUAAGUGGAAUCAAAAUGAUUUGGUCCCUGCUGCUGUUAAGUUGAUAAAUAAGAUGCUUGACUUGGUUGGGAAGUUUGAUACAGAAGGAAGUGUGGUUGGACAGGUUUAUUUGGUAACUAAUGUGUCUACCAAGAAAAUUUUCACAGUGAACAUUGUAGACAAACAAUGCACUUGUUUGCAAUGGCAGCUAAGGGGAUUCCCUUGUCAACAUGCUGUAUGUGCAUUGAAACUGCUCAGGCCAAACUGGAAAGAUUAUUGUGCUCCUUACUACUCUGUGGAAUAUUAUAGGACCAUAUAUGCAGAUGCUGUAAAUCCACUAGAAGACAUAAGUGAAUGGAACUGGGAAGAUAAGGCAUCCAUGGACAUCAACUUAAAGCCUCCUCCUUAUCAAAGAAAAACUGGAAGACCAUCAAAGAAGAGGAAGAGGAGCUAUGAUGAACCUGAAACUGUGGUGAAGAAAAGGAAAUGUGGAAUGUGUGGAUCUACUGCUGGUCAUAAUAAGAGAACCUGUGCUGGUGGUGAUGUUGGUAAAAACCCAACUGGAUUCAUGCCAAGCACCGAGUAUGAUGCUGCAAACUGCACCUUCACUAGUAGAGAUCAUCCUGAAAGUAGCAGUGCAAGGGGCAAAGCAAAGGUGAACAAAUCCAGAGGUACAUCUUCAUUUGUUGGUGAGUCAACAGGACCUAAAAACUUUGGAAGAGCACCAGCAGAACCUAGCACCCAUGGAUCUACACAAGAUGUUCUGAAUUUCAGUCAGAACUUUACUGGUAUUGGAUCUGUUAGUCAACAUAUUCCUGUCACAAAGGGAAAGCAAAGCAAGUCUAAGAAGAAGUAG